CGCCUCGCGCCGCGCGCGGAGAGCGAUGCGCGUCGACGUCGAGGACCCGGACGACCCCGACAUGGAGGUCCCGUUCGACCCGGACGACACCCCGUCUCACGUCGGUCGCCUCGUCAAGGUCAGGCACAGCGCGUCCGAGCCGUGGUCGCACGCGGUCGUGUGCUUCGCGUUCACGGACUGGCAUCUGGAGGACUACUACGGCGACGGCGUGAUGCGACGCGUGGAGCGACCGAACGGGGGGUACCAGCUCCAGUGGGGGAUGUUCGAGCGCGUCGAGCUCGCGAGGAAGCAGAAGCGCAAGCGAUCGAAGUUCUCCUCGGACACGAUCCCGUACAAGUUCGACGAGCUCAUCGCGAAGGGUUUGCUGGAGUUCACGGACAAGGAGGACGAUCCCGGGACGUUCGACCUCGAAAAGUGCUCCGACCCGUUGCCGAAAAAAUUCCGCGAGAGCGUCGAGAGGGACGCGCGGCUCAGAGCCGAGGCUGCCGCCAAAGCGGCGGCGGCGAAGAAGGCGGCGGCGGCGGCGCGCCCGCCGGUGGUCGUCCCGAAGAAACCGCGGAGCGGCGGCGGCGGCGGCGGCGGCGGCGGCGCGGCGCGACGACCGCCCGCGGCGGCGGCGUCGAAGGCUUCGUCGAGGGCGGCGGCGGCGAAGUCGGCGACGACGAAGAAGAAGACCGCCGCCGCCCCCGCCGCGCCGCCGACGUACAGCGUCGAAGAGGAGCUCCUGCAGUCCGCGACCGCGUCCGGGUGGGACGACGACGACGAGAACCUCCCGCGGAAGAAGCGCGGCCGCCCGCGUCUCGAGGACGCGGCGGCGGCGAUUCUUCUCGCGGCGUCGCGCGGCGACCUCGGGCUGCCCAAGCGACGGAAGCACAAGACGACGUCGCUUCAGAGGGUGUCGCUUCUGGAGGAGGGGAACGACGGAGGCGGCGGAGGCGGCGGCGCGCGGCCGACGCCGGCGGAGGCGGCGACGGCGGCGUCUCCUGGAGAACGCGAACGCCGCGCCACCGCGACGGCGGAGGCGAUGCUCGGCAAGGAGCGCAUGGAUCAGCUCAAGAAAGCCGCCGCUUCGAUCGCGAAACGGAUCAAGGAGGGCGAGUGGGGGACCGACAAGGAGAAGGAGAAGACGGCCGACGGCGGCGCCCGCGGCACCGGCAACGGCGUCGCGCAGCAGCAACAGCAGCAGCAGCAGCGCGCGAUCGCGCCGCCGCCGUCCGCGCCCGCGCCCUCCUCGCGAGCGGCGGCGCCGCCGACGAACGAAGAAGAAGAAGAACCCGAACCCGCUCACCGGCGGCGAAUCUCCGGCGGCGGCGGAAGCAGCGAAGAGACGGAGACCACCGCGGUCGGGCACGGUCACGCAUCGGUCGGGGCUCGGUCGACGCCCUCGAACCCGCCCACGGCGGCGGCGUCGUUCGCGGAGCCGCCCAUCUCGGACGUCUUCGUCGGGGGUCGGCCGACGUCGUGGAUCCUUCGGUUGCUCGCGUCGCACAUGACGCGCGACACGCUGACGCGGCAGCGGUUCGCCGUGUGCCUCGCCGCGCUCGAGGAGAAAAACUACGACUUCGCGGAGCGCGUCGUGCACGACCUAUCGGAGGGCGCGAAGGACGCGUGGAGCUACCGCAUCUUGGAGUACUGCUACAAGAUGACAGGCCGAUCGGAGGCGGCUUCGCUGAUGGGCAAACACGCGGAGGAGCAGGAAGAGGACGACCGCGUGAGCGCCGCGGGGGGUCCGGGCGCGGCGUCGCACGGGCGCGUCUCUGAGCACGGCGACUCGACCGGGCAAAUCUUGGGCGGCGGUUCGGGCGGAACAGCGCAGAGCGGCGCGUACGGCCACGCGCGGCCGCUGCCGACGAAGGCGAUCGGCGCGUCGUCGGACGCGUCCGGCGCGGUGGGCUUGGUGUUUCAGGCGCGUUCGUUCUCCUAUUCACGCCGGGCCCCGUACGACCGCGUCGGCGUGGUGAACGCCGUUUCUUGA